CUGAAGUGGACCCGGGACAACGAGCAUAAUGCCAUGAGCGAAGACGUGGAGUUGCUCAUCAUUCAAGCUUGGAGGAUGGAGGCAGAGGGAGAUCUGUUAGGAUUCGUCUUCGGAUCGGUGGAGGCGGGACAUCGGCAGCCGAUCGUGGGAGAGAUUCUAAUCCUCCUGACGCAGUUGUUGGACGAUCUACCGAUCGACAUCAUCUCGGACUGCGACGAGAGUCCGGCGCCACAUAUUCUUUCGCGCAGCUUGACAUCGUACCUACAGUGGUCGGCGUGCUUGGAGGGCAAUUGGGACAACCGUAAUUACCCGUCGCAUGGUAAUUACCAGAACCCCGCGGAGAUAAUCGAUAUUCUUUUUUUUUAUCAGGGCGAGCCGAGGUCGGAAGACGAAGAGGAAGAAGACGAGGAGGAGGAGGACGAAUUGGAAGAUACCCUCGAGGAGGACAAAUAUUAUAGUGAGCAUAGUGAGCAUGAGUCAGGGGGCGAAGGCAAAGAAGAAGAAGAAGAAGAAGCGGAGGAAGCAAGUGAGGGGGAAGAGGCGGGACAGACGGAGACGCAGAAAGAAGACCCUGCGGAAGCGGAGCGGCGGAGGGCAGAGAUAGCGGAGGGAAAGCGGCUAUUGGAGCAGUCGGUGGGAACUGAUCUGCCAAUUCCGGACAACCCGACUCGAGAUCCGGAGCCACCGACGGAGGAAGACGAGCACCUUGCUGCUGCGAUUUCGAGCGUGCCGACGCGGAGGCAACGAAGCCACUCCCCCUCCCCUUUUCCCCGUCCCUCAGUUCGAGCACGUGGCGAUGCGGGGCAUCGGGCUACGUCCCCGAUAUUAUCCCACCGUCCCCUUGAUUACCUCACACUCCGGCAAAUCGACACCCCGCCCUCAUUUCCCUAAAAUCCCUUCCCAUUUUCUCUCCUUUACCAAUUCUACGCUACUCACCUCGCCGUCGUAGUGUACCCGCAUCCCGCUACUCACUGU